AUGGCCAACCAAACGGCUACGAGGAACGCAACUUCGGUUACAAUCACGGAGCAAACAGCCGUGGUGGAUCAGGUGGUGAUCCGGUUGGCACCCCGACGGAGAGUGCAGUGGAGGGAGGGAACAGUGGACAACGAGCAUCUCAACAAGAAGAAAUCAAAGAGUGAGCCACACCUGCCCCUCGUUCUGCCCUUUCUGCGCCUGCGCUCCCACCCUAUUCAAUGGCGCCCAAGCCAUAUUUCUAGCUUUCAGUUCAUGGCUUCUCUUCCCCCAAGCUCGCGCCCCUUCACUUCGAGAAGUAGCGCCUCUUCCUCUUCUAUUGCUGACCCCGGGUCCCGCUCCCCUGCGUUCGCGCGGUGCCCCUCUCCUCCGCGCGCUAGCCCUAUUUCCCGCGGAACAUCCGCAUUGCGGAAAGCGCACCCCGCGGAACAGCUAGCCCCGUUCGCGCAAUCCCCAUCCGCCCACGCGCGGAAAAACCGUUCCGCAAACGUCACUCCCGCGGCCAGGGCGUCGAGCCAAUCUUUCGUCGCCAGCGAAGAAUCUCGACCGUCCGAUCUCGUCGAAAUCCCCUCUUGCCCGAUUCCGCCAAUGGCUGAUCCGUCCGAUGCGCUCGUGCUGGCCUUGCACGAAGUCGAGGCUGUGAAAUUCGGCAGUUUCAAGCUUAAGAGCGGAAUAUGGUCGCCGAUUUACAUUGAUCUGCGCGUGAUCGUAUCGUAUCCGAAGCUGCUGCAGCAGGUGGCCGACGCGAUGUGGGCGCUCGUGUGCCCGUCGGUUGUCGGCGAAUCCGAUGCCGCUGCGAAAUUCGACAACGUCUGCGGAGUCCCGUACACCGCGUUACCCAUCGCCACGGCCAUUUCGCUCUCGCGAAACGUGCCGAUGGUCAUGCGAAGGAAGGAGGUGAAAGGGUACGGAACAAGGAAGGCCAUCGAAGGGGCCUUCGAGACCGGCCAGCAUUGCCUCGUUAUUGAGGACCUCGUUACAAGCGGAGCAUCCGUUAUGGAAACUGUAGAACCGCUUAACGAGGUUGGGUUGAAAGUAACUGACGUGGUUGUCCUUAUCGAUAGGGAACAAGGCGGCGCUGCGCAUCUGGCGGCGCGUGGGCUGCGCCUCCACGCGGCGCUGACUCUGACACAUGUCGUCACGGCAUUGGUCAAGCACGGCAAGCUGACCAAUGAUGUGGCAGAAUCCGUGACCAAAUUCAUCGCGGAAAACCAAACCGCAAACCCCGCCGCUGCUCCCGCCGCCGCCCCCGCGCCCGCUGUAACGGUUGCCCCUGUAACCGCCGCCUCUUCGCGAAAGUCGUACGCCGCUCGCGCGGCCCUGGCGAAGAACGAGGUGGGGCGGCGGCUGUGGGAGAUCAUGGAGCGGAAAAAGACAAACCUGUCAGUGGCUGCUGACGUGGAGUCGGCGGAAGAGCUGCUCAAGCUGGCGGAAACGAUCGGGUCGGAGAUUUGUGUGCUCAAGACGCACGUGGACAUUCUCCCGGACUUCACUCCCGAGUUCGGCAAGCGCAUCCGCGAGAUCGCCACGCGGCUGGACUUCCUGGUGUUUGAGGACCGCAAGUUUGCUGACAUUGGUAACACGGUUACCAUGCAGUACGGCGGGGGCGUCUACAAGAUCUCCGAAUGGGCUGACAUCAUCAAUGCACAUGGCGUGCCGGGGCCAGGCAUCAUCCAGGGGCUCAAGCAGAAGGGCGGGUCCCUCCUCCUCCUGGCGGAGAUGAGCUCAGCAGGCACCCUCGCCCACUCCACCUACACCGCCGCCACGCUGAGAAUGGCGCUUACCGACCCGGAUUAUGUCAUUGGCUUCAUCUCCAUCCAACCUGGAGGCUGGCGUAGUGGUGCCACUGCCGCUGCCGCCGCUGCUGCUGGUGGCGCGUGUGAGGAGCUGGCGGCGGCUGUGAGGGAGGCGGAGGCGGCAGGGGUGUGGGAUACGCUGGUGCACAUGACGCCGGGCGUGCAGCUGGCGGCUGGAGGGGACGCGCUGGGUCAGCAAUACAACACUCCAGACGCUGUGAUCAAGCAGCGGGGGUCCGACAUCAUCAUAGUGGGCCGAGGAAUCAUCAAGGCGGCUGACCCUCUGGAAGCUGCCAGGAAGUAUCGCGAGGCUGGGUGGGCGGCGUACGAGGAAAGCCUUGCUGCUGCAGCUGCUGGUGAAGGUGCUGCAGUCUAG